UUUUUUUUUUUUGAAAUUUUCUUUUUAUAAUUUAAAAAUACUUUUUGAAACUAUUUUUAAAAUUUUUAUUUUUUAUUUUAAUAUUUAUUUUUUAUAAAAUUUUAAACCAUAAUUCCAAAAUCCCACAUGUUAACUCUAAACCCUAAAGUUUGGAUUAAUUAAUCCAAGGGUAUAAGUGUAUAUUUACCUUUUUAAUAAAACCUAUUUUUGCGACUUUGAGUCUUGAGUGCUACUUUGGGAACAAAAACUUGGUUUGGUGCUAUCCUAGUCUUUUUCUCUUAAAAAAAUUAAAAUUUUACAAGCAUCCCUAGAUCAAUGUACUAAAGUGAAAUAAAAUCAAAAUAUCCUCAUUUUUCUUUGGAUUUAAUAAUAUUUAUUAACUUAACUAAAAAUGUUUAGUCUUCAGCAUUGGAGUUAGAUAAAGCAAGAGCUAAAUAUGACUUUGUCACCGAUUCCGCUUUAACAUUAGACAAACGAGGAAUAAUCAAAUGAACAUAACUGAAAUGUUAUACUGAAAUAGAGGAUAUCAAAAUACGAUGCCACUGACUCAGAACAAAAAUCCUCAUAUUUUAUUAUGAAUAUUUUCUUAUAUUCCAUAAAAUUGUAAUGCUCAGGUUUCAUUCUUAGAAUAUGAUAAUUAAAAUUACACUUUUCAAAUGCAUGCUUUUAAAUAUAAAAAUGUAGAUUAAAAUUAUAUUUUCAUGAAACAAAAGUUCUGCAAAUUCAUUAGAUUUUAAGAAAGCUAUACAUUUAGAAAUAUUCAUUAACAUUAAUGAUAUAUUUACGUUUUAGUGACUAACCCGCCCGUAGUUUUAUAUAUAGCAGAAUUUUAUAAGUAAAUAUAUUGCUAUGUUUAAAUAAUUUAGACUUCUUAUUUUAGUAAAUUUUAUACGUGGUUUACGAAUUUUAACCAGUUUUAAUGGUGAAUGAUAUUAUAAAUGAUUUUUUUUUAAAAAGUGAAUUUCUGAAUUUAAUGUAUUUUUUUAUGUUUGAUUCAUAUAGUACAUUUAUGAGAAAAUAUGGAGAAAUACACUUACAUGAGAUAUUAAUUUCUUUUGAAAAAUACACUUUUGUAUAUAUGAAUUUACCAAAUUUUCAUAUAUGAAUAUUUAAUAUUAUCAUCAAAUUUUUAUCAUCAUAAUUUAUUUUAUGUUUAUACAGUUUCAAAAUAAUAAGAUAUUAAAAAAAACAAAUCUUAAUAAUACCUACAGAUAUAUAUAUAUAUAUAUAUAUAUAUAUAUACCUUUUUGAAAAAAUUAAAAAAGAAAACAAACCUGCGUCUUCUUCAUGAUCAUUCAUCAGCCAUUUUUGCAAAAUAUUUUUCACUUUUUAAAUUCCAUAGUUUCUUUUUCUAUCAUUCACAAAUUUUUUAUUCUUUAUCCAUACUUUAAGUGUAGUUUAAAUUUCUAAGUUUACAUAGUCUCUUACCCUUCAAAUGUAUGUUUGAUCUCUGUAACUUUAUCAUCUCGCUUUUGAUAGUUCUCUUAAGAUUAUGAAUCAAAAUUUAGUUUUUUUUAUGACUUUAAAAUCAGAUUUAGGUUUCUAAUUUUGCUUGUGUUUUUUUCUAAAAAUAGUUUGAUUUUUUGUUUUUGUUUUGUAAAGAAAAAGCAUGCUGCAUAGAUCUGAAAAUUUUGGAGCUUGGAAUGAAUAAGUAAAAGACAUUAAUUUUUAUAGAGAAUGAGAAAUCGGGCGAUUUAUUUAUAUAAAAUAAAAAAAUAAAAGUGUACAAGAUAAACUUCAUGAUAAAAUCACAAACAUCAUAAUUUAUUUAUUUUAUAAUAAUAAUGUUAUUUUAAAAUUCUUAAUACUAAAAUAAUAUAUUUAUCUCAAACUCAGUUUUAUUCCUAACAUAAAUGAUAAUAAUAUAAUAUUGAUAUUAUUCAUAUUUCGAAUUUGUGUUUUAUUUAUUCAAAUAAAAAAUAUGGAUAAAAUUUCUUUUUACAUUUGAUAAAGUGUAGUAUUAAAAAAAUAAAUUAUAAUUUACAAAUUUCAAACUAUUAAUAGAGUAUUUUCAAAUUGUCCCUACAUUUAUUUAAAUAAAAUAUAGACUAUACUUAUAAAGUUUAUGAAAAUGGGAUACAAAAUAUUUAAAAAUUUUGUAAAUUUUUUAAUAUUUUUUUAUCAACAGAUUUUUUUAUAAUUAAAAAUAAAAUAAAACAGUUUAUAGGUGAAGUUGUUUAUAUAUAUAUAUAUAUAUAUAUAUAUUAUAUAAGAUGUGAUAUCUUAAUGAUGCCAAAAUUUUAAUUAGAAUUAAAUGAAAUAUGAAUUUAUUAGAGAUGGUCCAAUUUUAAAACAAAAAUCACACUUGAAUAGAAAUUAUGAUUUAUAUUUUAAUAAAAUAAAUAUCAUUUAAAAAAAGAAGGAGAUUCUUGUCCUUUUUAGAUUGUAGAUGAUCUGCACCAUAAUGAUCAUCUAUAUUCAUCAUAUGUUCUACAUAUUCUGCUGUUUAAAUAAUUUUUUUUACUAUAUAUAUAUCUUAUAGACAUGAAUCAAAUUAAGGUUUUUGAUAGAGUGAAAACUAAAAAUCUAAUAUUUUCUCCCAAACCGAAGGCUUAGCCGUCAAGAUUUUUGUGAGAUGGCUUCACCACCGUUGUUAGCCUUAGCCCAAUCUCCUCCUCGUUGCUGGUCCGAGCUUCCUCUAGAUCUGAUGCAACUGAUUUUCGAACGCCUUAGCUUUACUGAUUUCGAAAGAGCUAAAUUGGUUUGUUCAUCUUGGCAAACUGGUUCAAGACAAUCUAAGCCAAACAAUAAGAUCCCUUGGAUGAUUUUACUCCCCGAGGAAAAGAGUUACUGUCUCUUGUUCAAUCCUGAAGAUAGAGAAGAAAAGCUCUACAAAACUGGCGACUACUUUUCAAAUAAUAUUUAUUGUAUGGCGACUUGUAGAAGCUGGCUUUUGAUGGAUCCUAGUUAUGAAAACAAGGAACACCCUGUUUAUAUUUUUAAUCUCUUAACCCGCGAGAGGAUCAAUCUACCUCUUACUACACCAGAACGACUUUACUCCGCCAUAUUGUGGAUAGACGAUAAAACCAAAGAUUACCUUGUUAUAGGAAAAACUCUGGCUUAUGUAAAGAAAGGUUAUAACUCGUGGAAACAAAUCUCGAAUGGUAUCCAAAACCAAGAAGACAUGGUAUUCAAAGAUCACAAGCUCUAUUUUCUCACCAAUGAUGAACUCCAUAUUUUCGACUUUUCUGGUGAAUUUCCGCUACAACUUUCCAGAGCUAGCCUAGGAGGAGGGGGACGCGUGGAUAAAAUAUUUAGCUUCAGGAUGAGAUUCCCUGGAGUUCCAUGGUAUGUCCAAAAGGUUCGCAAGAAGAAAAAUGUGGUUCUCACUGUACGAGGAGAUGUCUUAAUUGUUAAGAGCAAAAAUCCUGCUAUGUCCGAGACAUGGACCUUUAAAAUCUUCAAAAUGGAUUCAUCAUCAAAGGGCUUGGAGGAAAUUUAUUCGUUGGGAGAUGAGGCGAUUAUUUUGGAUUUGGGUAUUACAGUGCUUGCUAAGGACCAGGAAGGCGUCAUUAGUAACUCUAUUUACUUCACUGAUGAAGAGAUACAUUGGUACGCCACUGAAAUCUUUGUAUUCAAUCUGGAUACCAAAAAGGUUGAACAACUACCACCACUAGUUUCUUCAUGUGCUUCAUUCUCUAGAGCUCGUUGGUUCUUACCAAGUUUCAGGAUUGAUUGAUGAUCCCUAUCUAUAGGUGUUUCUCUUGGUUGCUUUACUAAUAACUAGCAUAUAAUUUCUGGAAGUGAUUUUAUUUUGGGAAAAUUGCCAAAAGAGAACAAAAAAAUCAGGUUGUUGUCCCUUUAGUAUAAAACUAAUUUUGUCUAGUUUUUCUCUUUUUUAGCCUUUGUAUUUCUGAAAACUAAUGAAAUAAAUAAUUUUAUGAAUCAAAAAAAUUAUUAAAAAUAUAAACAAUUAAUAAAACAUCCAUAUACACAAGCUGGUAAUUUUCUUUUGCUCAAAAACUUGGUAAAUAAGAUUAUUAAAAUACGUUCUACUAAAAGUAGAAUGCGUCUUCUAUGAAAAAUGGUAUAGUAGAAAACGAUUUCUAAAAUAAACACGUUCAUCUACUUCUUUUAGAACGUUCAUUUUACUAUUUACUAAAUUUCUAAAAAAGAGGAAUGCACAUUCUACUAAUCGUAAAAGUAUCCACUUUCCUUCCAAAUGCAUCUUCUACUUUUAUAAAGUAUUCUAAAUUUCGAGGAAUGUGUUUUCUACAAUGUAAUCUUACGUCUACUCAAAGUAGAAAGUGUAUUCAGAAUUUUUAUCAUUCUUCUAAACUUUUAGAAGUCGCCUUCUACGGAUAAGAAUACUUGGAUUUUUGCGAAAAUUAAUGAAAUUUCAGUUAAGAAAAUAUUCUAAAAAUCUCUUAGAAAUAUUUUAACUUUCUAAAACGUGUUACGGUCGAUUUUACUUGAAAAAUUUAAAAAAAAACGAUUAUUCCUUCUCUUCUUCAUCAAUCUAUGGUUUUUCCAUAGUUUUUCUUUUGAUUCUUCUCACAAACUCUUGUUCUCUAUGAUGCAUAUCUAUACCUCUUUUUUUUUCGAUUGCCUUUCAACUGUUUUUUACCUUUUUUCCAUUAACUUUUUUUUUUAAAAUUCAAAUUAACUUUUAAAUUGUGUUUAAUUAGAUUAAAUAUAGGGGUAGUUUUGGGAUUAUGAGAAAAAAUAUACUAUUGAGACAACUUUAUGUUGGUUUUAUACUAAAGGGACAACAACCUUGUUUUUUUGUUCUCUUUUAGCAAUUUUCCCUUUUAUUUUUAAGUAUAAAAAAAUAUUAAUAACUGUUCUUAUAUGAAAAAUUAACAAAUGUUUUUGAAUAAUUCAAGUGGAACCUAACGAAAUAAAAAAACAUAUUGAUGAACAAGUGAUUUUCCAUUUGAAAAAAUCAUGGUGAGAAAGUUUUAGGUGAGACUGACAAGUAGAAAAUUGAUCGAACAGUUGGUACUUUUAAGCGUUUUUCUUUGUUUUAUUUCUCAGACUUAUGUUUACUAUUUUCUACGAUUAUUUCAGUUAUUGGAUUUAUGGAUUUAUUUUGUAUUUAUAUGAAAAUCGACUUUCAGACCUUUUUAGAGAUUUUGAGAUAUAAGUUGUUGAUUAGUAACACGCCGGUCUCGAGUGUUGAUGAGA